AUGCUGGCAGGUCCAAAGUCGUGCCACUCGGACAACCUUGUGGCCAAUGUCAUGACGAGUUUCCAAAAGAUUGACAUUGAGCAUCGGGCCAUUGCUUUUGCGGGACAGCGAUACUUCAACCUGCUGAACUCAGCUAUGGGGAGGAUGAUCGGAAAUGCUCCGCCCAGGUCUUCGCGCGAGGAUGUGACUCGCAGUCCUACUGGCAUCGGCCGCCGACUACGUUCGCAGAAUUUGCGCAAUCUUCGGUCGUCCAUCGCGCACAAGGACUACGCGCAGCAACACUCUGCUACGGCAACGGAGUCGACAGAAUCCACUCCUGAGUCCUCCAUCACUCGACAGGCACCAAACCCUCACCCUCUCGGCCGCAGGACCUCUGCACAAUUCACCAACACCUCAACUCUACUUGCGCACUGCCGCGCGCCUGCGCAAUGUCUGAACAUAGAAUGCCACAGUGGAAGCGCUGGACCAAAGCCUGAUCAGGAGCUCGAGCAAGCAGCCCUCCAAGCAGGCAUCGUCGUCACCUCCAUCUCCGAUCCACCCAAGGAAGUUUUGCUCAAAAGCGACUAUGUGGCGGCCUUGUACGCCGGUCCACCAGUCUUCCGCUUCAUGGAGUUAUCGCCCGAGCUGCGGACUCGUGUCUACGAAGAGCUACUCAUAUUGCGCGACUCAUUUACAUGUUUUCCACAAAUCCUUGCGGCGUCCAGGCAGAUCAAAGAAGAGGCUACUAACAUCCUCUACGGAGACAAUUUGAUCGACGUCCGCAUGCUCGCAGAUGGAAUCUACGUUCAUGGAGAAAAGUGUAACGAAGAUCGCACCGACACGAAGAUCAUCAUGACCUGGCCACACUGGCUUCGGAAUGUGCAGUUUCUACGCUUCAACCUGGAACUCACUUUCGCCGGCCCGCGACUUACCACCAUGUUCGCAAAGGCGGCUACGAAAUUUGCACCCGCGGCGGCGGAUAUCGUUCUUCAUUCGCUCUGUUCCUUUCUUGCGAGCGAACACAAGCUCCGCUCCUUCCAAGUCGAUAUCUCGGGACGACACACCACGAGCUUGAUGUCCGCUCUGCCAAGUCUCCUGCACUCAACACACCUCCUGGGAGAAUUGAAAGAGCUUGCAUUUGGUGGGGAUCUCAGUGGUCUAGGCCCCGGCCCACGACAAAUCACGAGCGUGGAUGAAGGGACGGCUGCCGCAUCCACUGCGCUGGCGGCUCUCUCAGAGCACGCAACAAGUUUUGUGCCAUUCACCCGAUAUGACCAAGUCUCGACCCUCCUGAACGUGGAAGCGGGUUCAAGUCGUUUUCAGGCGCUUGAGCGUUUGCCCGAUCAUAUCAAAGACCAAUUCAAGCGGAAGAACUUGACCGCCCUAGCCAAGAACACUCGACAGUUGGCACUGGACCUCAAAAUCGGAGCUGGAAACAUCGACAUGCUUCCAGAGCUUGCCAAAGAGGACUGGGCACGGUAUUUCGCCAUCGUGGACAACUUCAACAGAUCGUACAUCGAGCUAGAGGCUGCGGAAUACGAAGAUGCUCGAGACACUCGAGACUUGCUGUCGCUGAUGCCGCCAUCUACUUUUGACGCAAGCCAUCCGGGCACAGUGAUGGCCAAGGUCGGUGGUCAGAUCGCGGUCUGCAUUCUCCCUCGCUGCUGGAUUGAUCCACGAGAAUUCUCGAUGGCCUCGCGCAAGACUUCGAGGUCCUACGAUCACUGUACCAAUGCGCAGCUCGCCGAGAUUGCUCAUGAGCACAGCACUACCGUCCCGUCACCCUCGGUGCCACCCAAGACCCUCUUGGUCAAGUGCGACUACCUCGAAGCACCCAAGACCACAGAUGAGACCUCAAGCUUCCCAUUCAUGGAGCUUUCGCCGGAAUUGCGCAACGGAGUCUACAAGCAGCUUCUGACUUUCGAAGAUUCUCGCACGUGCUUCCCGCAAAUCCUUGCCACUUCCAAGCAGGUGAACCGGGAGGGGAGCGGCAUACUAUACGGCGACAACGUGAUCGAGAUACAUAUGAUCAGCGACGGUAUCUGCGUCCACGGGGAGCUGAUCAGCACAGCUGCAAGAAACGAUUUCACGGGCAUGUUUGACGAAUGCUUGUGGCCUCGUUGGCUUCGAAGAGUACAGAUUGUGCAAUUUUCUUUGCAUCACGAUCUUGGUACUGACGUGACCGUCUUCGGUCCCGAAUCGGAGGACGGGUUUUUCGACGAGGACGUCGACGCGGUACUCAAAUCGCUGUGUUCUCACCUCGCACCCCGCCACAGCCUGCGAUCUUUCCGGCUCAACAUCAGGGGCAACAAUACCGACCAGCUGCUGCGAGUUACGCCGCACAUGUUGCACUCCACUCGCUUGCUUGGUCGCCUGGAAGGCAUUCAAUUCCAAGGAGACAUUUCCAGCCAUGAUCUAGGACUGCAAAGACAAAAGAGUAUGGUGGAAGCAGUGGCCGAUGUUUGGACAAGACUCAAAGCUCUUGCGGAGUUCACGGCGUCCGACAAAGCGAGUGCGUGGUCGUCAUACUACCUCACCCGAAAAAUUUCAGUCGAGCACUGGGCACUGGAGCAAUGCCACACUCUUGACACUCUUCCAGAGGCACGCCGAGUUCAGCAUAUGGUGGGGAGCGUGCUGCGUCUAGGCGAAAGGGUUCAAGACCUGGCUGUUCGGCUCAAUCGAGAUCUGAUGGUUGAUGGCAGGCGUGCACUGCCGGACCCACUCAAAUACGCGAGCUAUUCUGCAUGCUUGAAUGAGCUCGUUGUGGCUUGUAUCGGAUUGGAAGCGGCCGAGUAUCAAGCCGCUCGGGAUGAGUUGGAGCGCAGUCCGGAUCUUGCUUCAUGA